AUGGAGUUCACAACAGCCAAGGCUCUUAUUGAGCUAGCCAUCGUCCUUGCGGUUAUGUGGUUCGCUCUGGUUCACCGGCGUACUCAACCCACACUGCCACUACCACCUGGUCCCCCGGCCGAGUUCCUUCUAGGCCAUACUCGCCUGAUACCAAAGGAGAACACCGCGGCAACCUAUGCCAGGUGGUCAAGAGAAUACGACUCGGAUAUCAUCCAUGUCAAGUCUCUUGGUCGUUCCAUCGUUGUCCUCAACAGCGUGGAGGCAGCCAGGGAUGUCCUUGAAAAGAAAGGCGCCAACUUCUGCGACCGACCUAGGUUCACCUUACUAGAGGUCAUGGGCUGGGGCAAAACGUUGACCUUUCUCCCGUACGGACGACGAUGGCAGAUGCAUAGAAGACUUCUUCAGACUUCAUUCAGCAACACAAACGUUCGUCAAUGGCACAAGCUGCAAAUAACCGAGGCUCGGCGGACGGUUCGCAACAUGAUGGGCAAGCCCAGUUCGUGGGAGACUUCGCUCCGUCGACUUGCUGUGGCUAUUGUGCUCCAGGUAAGCUACGGUACUGAGGUACCCAAGGACGAUGACCCGUACAUCCAGAUUGCCAACAACGCAAUGUACGCCACUGGCAACGGCGGAGCUCCCGCCAACAGCAUCGUUGAUUUAAUACCCCUGGCUCGCCAUUUGCCGGACUGGAUCGUUCGUGACUGGUCACUUCGGUUUGCACGACAGUGGCGUUGGGCUAUCCAGAAACUCCACGACGUCCCAUUCGCGGCAGCGCAGUCUGAGCAUCUUUUACGCCAGUAUAGACGCAACGAGGAAAACGGUCAAGAACAAGAGUGGUCGCUCGACGAUAUCAAGGGCGCCGCUGGCGCAGUCUUUAUUGCGGGCGCAGACACUACUUGGGCAACAUGUGUAAUUUUUAUCCUCAACAUGGUUCUUCAUCCCGAAAUACAAGAGAAAGCCCGAAGCCAACUCGAUUCGGUCAUCGGACCCGAUAGGUUGCCCAACUUUUCAGACCGGGCCUCCUUGCCAUACAUUGAGCACAUUGUGCAGGAGAUCUAUCGAUGGUCACCCUUGGCCCCUCUAGGGAUCCCGCACAAGUCGCUUCAGGAUGACGUCUACCAGGGCAUGUUCAUUCCCAAAGUCCCGGCACUGCAUCGUUUACGGGGGACGUGGGAGAGUCUGAUAAGCUCCAGGACCGUGGUUUACGCCAACGCCCAUGCCAUGGCGCAUGACGAGCGGAUCUACCGCGCGCCCCACGACUUCAACCCCGAUAGAUACGAGCCGCUGGUCAACGGCGGCGCGGGCGAGCCAUUCCCUGUUGGGAACUUUGGCUUCGGACGACGAGUUUGCGUCGGCCGAUUCCUGGCCGACAACAGCGUCUGGAUCAUGGUGGCGACCAUGCUAGCAACGCUCGAAUUCCGCAAGAAGAUGGGUCCAGACGGGAGUCCCAUAGAGCCUCGAGUCCAAUUUACCAAUGGCGGAACCUGCCACCCGGAGCACUUUGAGUGUGACAUCAGGCCCAGAAGUCACAAAGCAGCAGAGCUCAUCGGGGCCAACCACGACUAG